AACAAGCGGAGGGAGUGUCUGACUGCACUGGAAUUCACUUUCUGAUGGACUGUCAGUCCACCUGCUUGUUCUACUAACCAAAUGGAGCAUCACUUGUGAUCUGAUAAACGCUCGAGCUCGACGUUUCCGCGCGCGCGCGGGGCCGUAUCGCAACGUUUUGUCGCGCGCUCUGAGUUAUGGGGACCGUGCUUUCUAUAUCCCCGAUAGCAACUAAAGGCUCCGUUCUGGAAGAUGGAGGAGACGAAGCCGAUGGGAGAAUAGAGAAAAGCUUUAAAAAGCAAUCGGUGAUCGUGUCCACGCUCACAUUUAAGCGGCUAGUGACUGCGUCAAGCAAGAAAAAAAGUGCCAAGAAAGUAAACCCGAAUCCUCUCCCGGCGAGCAGCGAAAGUCAAGUCGAGCAUCUGAACCAGGAGAACUCCAGGAAAUCCCAACAGCCGACCAGCACUGAGCGGAAAACGAAAAAUGGACCUCUCGCGGUGCCAAUUCCCACGGUUCCUCCCCAGCAGGAGCAGGAACAGUGCACUCCGGCGGCGAAGCAACUGGUGUCGGUUCAGAAGCAGCCCAGCAGUCGGUCUCUCAUUUCUCCGAGGCGCGUGGUCGUCCAGGCCUCUACCGGAGAACUGCUCCGGUGCCUGGGCGAAUUCCUGUGCAAACGCUGCUGCAAAAUGAAGGAACUCACCCCGAAUGAGGUCAUCCUCUGGUUCCGAAAUGUGGACAGGACUUUGCUUCUGCAGGGCUGGCAGGACCAAGGGUUCAUCACGCCUGCCAACCUCGUGUUUGUCUAUUUGCUCGUUAGGGAAACUGUGACCGAUGAUGUUGACAGUCCACGUGAACUCCACGGGACCUUUCUGACUUGCCUCUAUUUGGCGUAUUCCUAUAUAGGCAACGAGAUCUCGUACCCUCUCAAGCCCUUCAUGGUCGACACCAAUAAGGACGUGUUCUGGGAUCGUUCGCUUGAUGUCAUCGAUAAACUGAGCGGCAAAAUGCUGCAGAUUAACAUGGAUCCGCACUUUUUCACAGAGGUUUUUCAAGACUUAAAAAACGAAGGAGAUUACAAGAAGGAUGCAAGCGAACUGGACCGCUGAGUGAGAUCAAAAUCUGAGCAGAGAUCAAUUAAUACUGAUGUAAUCUCUGCUGGCGUUGCACAAUGAGCUGAUUUAUUAAUGCUAUUUAAGACAGUAUUCGGCUUUGUUUUUAAGAGUAUUAAGUAGACUAGUACUUAAAAGCCAACAUGGCUAGAUGCAGCUAAAUGCAUGUCAUAUUUGUACCUGUCAUUAACUGUCAUACAUAAAAUGGGAACGCACAUUAACGUUUAUUCUUAUGUAACUGUCAAUCCUCUGUACCCGUUUCUUGGUUAUCUGGGUCACUGUCCUCCUGAGACCCCAACAAACUUGUGUUUUUUAGGUAUCUAUUGUGUAGAUAGGGUGGCCAGGUUUCUCAGAUACUCCGCAGUCAUCAAAUUAUACUUCUACACGUUAUAAUCAUCAAUAUAUACAAUGUUUAGUCUGUGAUUACAAAAAAAACAGACAAUUUCUUAAAAAAUAGGCCUAUAAAAUUAAUAAGACACUAACAAGUCAACAAAUCUAUUAAUUAUGUUAAUGAAUAUAUUUUUAUCUUUUCCAGUGAUGGGUUGCGGCUGAAUAGGUAUCCGCUGCGUAAAACAUAUGCUGGAUAAAUUGGCGGUUCAUUCCGCUGUGACGACCUCAGAUUAAUAAAGGGACUAGGCCAAAAAGAAAAUGAAUGAAGGUAUUUUUAGCAAAACAUUGCUAAACAAAUGAGCUAUGGACACUAACUGCCUUUCCUGAGGUAAAUGUGACAUGGUGGUGACAUUGUUUACAGUCUUUGUUAUUGACGUCAUUUCGCGGUUAAAACACUGAUUGAGGGAUUAUGUAAGACGUCAUGCAUUUGAGUUUUUGUGCACUUAAAAGUAGUUUAUGUUUCUUUAAAAAGACUCAAAAGUUAAUUUAGGGGUUUCAUAAAAACGCUACACAUUAUUCCACAAAGAGAACUUUGAUUUAAAGUAAUUUUUGCCUUUAAAAGUUAUUGACUACGUUUGACUAAGAUGUUAUGACAGGAGAUAGUUGAAAUUCUGAAAUUCAGUGAUUUUAGAAAACAUAAAAUCACUAAAACUAAGCAUUAAAGAUUUACCUAAAAUGAGACUGUCCAGAAAAGGUGCGUCUGGCCACCCCAGCACUUGAUAAUAUUCACCCUUGUAGUUCUAAAGUACGAAUGAUCUAAAUAUAUCGGCAACAUUAUUACAGAAAUGAAGCCUAUUUGAAACGUACGAAGCCUUAAAGGUCGUAAAAACGGGGUUUUAGGAGGAUAGAGCUACAUUUAAAGAGCUGUGAAUGGAACUAUCCAAGGUGCUGACCCGUUUGUGCUCAUGCUGCUGUAUUGACAGACCAAUGCCUCCAGCCAUUCUGAAUGUAAAACUUGAAUGCGUUUUCUCUUCAUUGAGAUGUCCUACAUGUGCCAAUCCGUGACGGUUUUUGAUUUAAACUGGUUUGAGAGAACUGAAUAGAUGGUGGUUGGAGUUUAUUUUCUAUUU